AGGGUGCGGGCGCCCGUCACGUCUUGCAGCUGAGUCCCGGGUGGAGGGCCGUGGGGAAGGCCGAGGGCACGGAGUGUUGUCUUCUGAGGACACGGCAGGCACAGUGCGGAGGGGACGGGCUCCUUGUGUCCGAAAUUGCCGUGCGGAUCUGUAUUGAAGCAGGGAUCAGAGGCAGGGCGGGCGGCACAGCCUCAUCCCGGCUCUCCGGGCUGUGGGAUCCAUCAGAGGACGGGGGUCGUGCUGGGUCCGGCUCCCCGUGGGAUGGAGCAGGAAGGGAGCCUGGGGUCUGAAGACGGGGAGGAGGUAGACCUGACACAGUGGUGCGCACAGCCAGAGGGAGUGUGAGCUGAGGGUCCUGGGGCCUGGUGUGGGGACGUGAGGGUGAAGCAUGAGCCCAGGUUUGGCUUGUCUGGGAGGCGUGAUGUGGGAGGCUGCAGUGGUCCUGCUGGGCAGGAAGGACGGGGCUGUGCAGGGAUGUCCCGGAGUUUAGGUGGCAUUUGUAUGUUGUCCGCCUCCCCCGCCCCCAUCCACCCAACCCAGCUGCUGUUGCUGAGGGCGGUAACUGGGAUUAAUGGGACUGUGAUGAGAGCAGCCAACACUAGCAUGAGGAACCCGUGUUCUCACGAAACUGGGGAGCCCUGGAGGAGGUUGAGCUGGGGAAGAUGUGUCAGGAGUAGGAUUGCUGUUUGUCAGAGAGACUGCUCUGGUUUUCAUCGUCUCAAAUCUGACAGGUUGGUGUGACCUUUGAGGACAUUGCCCUGUACUUCUCCAGGAAGGAAUGGAGCCUCCUUGAUGAGAAUCAGAGACGCCUGUACCUGAAUGUGAUGCUGGAGAACUUUGAACUUAUAUCCUCACUGGGUUGUUGCUGUGGAGCAGAGGAUGUGGAGGCACCAACUGAACAGAACACGUCUGUAAGAUUGACAGAGGCAAACAAUCCCACUGUGUCUUUGUCUUCCCAGAAGAGCCACCCCUGUGGGCGUUGUGGGCCAGUCUUGAAAGAGAUUUUCCAGUUGAUUGGGCAGCAGAAAACACAACCAAAGCAGAUACUGUUGAGGUGUGGGGCAUGUGCAAAACAGUUUCCUUUCUGUGCUACAUUUUACCAGCACCAGGAGCAUCAUAUGAGAGAGAAGCCUUUCCUUAGAAGUAUAGAUAGGAUCUCACUUGUGAAGGGCUGUAAUUUCAAUGUGUCCAGGAAACUUUUUACCUGUAGGGAGGUUGGGCAGGACAUGUUUACCUGGUUAGGACAUCCUCAGCAACAGGCUACUCACACAAGCUACGGGCCAAAUGAAAUACUGAUGUCUGGGGUGACUUUUCAAAGGAGAAAUAAUAAUAACAUCCAGAAAGAAUAUAAGGCCAUUGGCUAUAAACACAUGUUUGUUCAGGGCAAGGGUGUUCAUACUGGAAGACAGUGUUUUGUGUGCCGUGAAUGUGGAAAAUAUUUUACCAAAGUUUCCACUUUUCGUUAUAAUCAGAGAGUUCACACUGGAGAAAGACCUGAUAAGUGCAGUGAAUGUGGGAAAGCGUUUACCAGAAUUGAUCACCCUCAUUCUCAUCACAGCGUUUACUCUGGAGAAAGGCCUUAUAAGCGCAGUGAAUGCGGGAAAUCUUUCACCAGAAUCCAUUCCCUUCAUUGUCAUCAGAUAGUUCAUACUGGGGAAAGGCCUUAUGAGUGUCAAGAAUGUGGAAAGUCUUUUACAACUAGCAGUGCCCUUCGCUAUCAUCAGAAAUUUCACACUAGAAAAGGGCCGUAUGAGUACAAUAAAUGUAGGAAAUGUUUUACUGGAAUCCAGGCUUUUGGUAAUCACCAGAGGGAAUAUACUGGAGAAGAGCCUUACGAAUGCAGUGAAUGUAGAAAAGCUUUUACCAGAAUUCAUCAUCUUUAUUCUCAUCAGGGUGUUAACUCUGGAGAAAGGCCUUAUGAGUACAGUGAAUGCGGGAAAUCUUUCACCAGAAUCCAUUCCCUUCAUUGUCAUCAGAUAGUUCACACUGAAGAAAGUCCUUAUGAGUGUCAAGAAUGUGGAAAAUAUUUUACGACUAGCAGUGCCCUUCGCUAUCAUCAGAAAUUUCACACUAGAAAAAGGCCUUAAACAAUAAUGUGGCAAAUUUUUUACUGGAGUCCAAGCUUUUCGUAAUCAUCUGAGAAUUGAAACUAGAAAGGCCUUGUGAGUGCAGUGAAUGUGGGAAAUGAGAAAUAUUCUUAUCUUUGAAUAUAUCUCCAUUAGUUUAUUCAAUUUGGUCAUUUCUUAUUUUUUACUAUUUAAAAUAAAGCUGGAACGAACAUUUAUGUAUAAUUCUUUACAUGGACAUAAAUUUAAUUUACCUUUUUUAAUAACUCGGUGCGUAG